UGCUAUUUCAAAAUGGUUCCUUGACGAAUGUUGUUAUUGUUUGUAUGGUGCUAUACGUUACGUCAGUCUCCACUAAUUUAUUAAUUAAGGCCUAUUAGAAAUUUAUUAAAUGACCAAUAUGAGAAUUAAUGAGAGAAAUUUGAUAAGCUUUGCGACGUCUAAAACUCCAAUCGACAGAGAAGGAUUAUUAGGAAAAAAAGGCGAAGUGAAUAAAAAUUUCCAGAAGAGAUGGUUUGUGCUGAAAGGCAAUUUACUUUUUUAUUUUGAGAGGAAAGGUGAUAAAGAACCGAUUGGUGUCAUUAUUUUAGAAGGAUGCACAAUCGAAUUGGCCGAAAAUGAAGAAUACUUUGCAUUUAAGAUCGUUUUUCACGGAAAUGGAAAUAGAGUUUAUGUUCUUUGUGCGGAGAAUCAGGAAGAUAUGGAAGGAUGGAUGAAAGUUCUUUCUUGUGCCAGCUACGAUUAUAUGAAAUUGAUGGUGUCCGAGUUACAGAGGCAGCUAGAUGAAAUUAGUGAAGCCGAAAAAUUUAUAAAAGCCGGCCAGUCUCAAAAAUUAAAGAUGGGUGCUUUGGGCCUGCCGAUGAAUCGUUCGGAUAGUUGUCUGUAUAACCAAGGCCAGAUGACAAAAUCUCGUUUCAAUCCCUUUGAUAAGUGGAAAGUCGACAGAAAUAAUUAUGGCGACGGUACGGCAGAAUUAAUCGAUAUUUCUUCGGAUUUAAUUCCUAAUGCCGAGGUUACAUUGAACGUCGGAAACACAACAAGAAGUCAGAGGUAUUCAUUCAAGCAGCUACACGAAUAUUACGGCCAAACAUUUCGUAGACUGUUUGAAGAUAUAAAUUGUUCAGCUUACAUUGUACCGUUGGCAAGUUUAUCACGAAGUAUCAAGGAUAUCAAAUCGGGAAGAAAGGUGUCCAGAUUUCACGAAAGUCUAUAUAUUCCUAUAUAUUCCGGUGAAUAA